CUCUUAUAUAACCCUUCGAAUCUUCUCACAAGGGUAUACAAUCAUGUCAGACCCUACCUCGACAUCCACAUUGCAACAACUCGUCCCUUACCUCUUGCCCGAGAGGGGUCAGCCUGGGUCAACCUUGACGGCCCCAACCGACCUCGCCGCCGUGCUCGUACAUGCCAUCCACACAUCGCUCGAAUUCAGGCUCGUUCGUCCGGCCACUCCUUCUGGAUCGAGGAACCAGUCUGCAGAUACCGAAGAGCAGGAUGAAGAUGAGGGUCAACAGCAGCUUGGAGAGGAUACGGAGGAUACGAUCAGCGAGACCGAGACGGCCGUCAACGAUGACCAAGCGCUUCAAGGCCAAUCAUCGUCAUCGUCUCUGGACACUAGGUUCGUCCGACUCGCUACAGAAGCACGUCUUCCGAGUGGAUGGAACGAUCGGGGUGAAGACUCGUACACGUUUACGUACAAGCACGAGCAGAGCGGGUUGAAUUUCCUCGUAAGGGUCGGGAGGAUGGGAGGCAGGGUCAAUGUCAGCGGGAUGGCCGAGGACGGAGAACCUCGUCAGAUCUCGACGAUCUUGAGCGAACUUAUUGUCCCGGACUUCCUACCCUGGCCGAGAUCCGAUGACCCGUCGAGCCCGACCAAUCAAGGUGUCCAGUCCGGGUUCGUCUCCGACAACAAGCUAAAGGAAUUCGUCGACAAGUACAAAAAGGAGGUCAUCGCCAAGCUCAUUCCGGGGCUGAGAAUCGCAGGAUAUACCGAGCCUGACGACAAUGGUGGACAGACCAAUCCCACUUCCACACCUCGCGCCAAUCCGAACCCCUAUAACAACCCUCGCCCCGACCCAGGCUAUGGCAAUCGCGACCGCAUGCGUGAUGACCCAUACAACCCCUCAGUCGGACAUAGAGACCUAGACCCUCUCGCCGCAUUCCAGCCCCCAGGGAUGGGCGGUAGGUUAGGCCCCUUUGGUCCGGGAUCCGGACUAGGCGGGGAUGGCGGUGGGAUGCUAGUCGAUUUCGACCAUCCAAUGUUCAGAGGCAGGAGGGACGAUGGUCGGGAACAAGGACCGGGAGGGAUGAUCAACCCCCCUGGUGCGAGGUGGGAUCCCGUCGGACCUGGUUUCCCAGGUGGUCCGAGGGGAGGCGGAGUGAUGGGAGGACUAGGGGGGGAUUAUGGAGGCGUACGUGGAGGAAGGACGCCUGGUGAACCGGAUUUCGACGAGUUAUCGCCCCCAGGUGAAGACGGGCCCGACCUGCGACAACCUGGAGGAAGGGGCGGAUUAGGUGGACCUCGAGGAGGCCCUGGGUUCGGAGGUGGUGGAUUUGGUGGAGGCAUGGGAGGCGGGUUUGGAGGAGGUAUGGGAGGUGGAUUUGGAGGACGUGGUGGCGGUGGCGGAGGAUUCGGUGGGGGCGGGAUGUUCAUGUGAUUCGGCAUGUCUCGCACGAUAGUGAUUGUCUAAGGACGCAUAUAUUUCUGGCAACAACGCCAUUUUGUAUUUGUACCGGUUCUCUACUUUCUCUGGAAACGAUUCUCUCAUCCGGUUAUAUACGAUUUCUGAGCACGAUACGAUGUGACAUCGCAUGUACUUCGAUGUGACAUCACAUCAUAUCCUAUGGACCUGAC